GUUGCUCAGUUGCGCGCUGUGUUUGUAUGAACUGUCACAUCACUCAGCGAUAAGCAAAAGCUAAAGGAUUAUGGUAUUGUUACACAAGUUAGGUAUAUUUGCAAGGAAUGAAGAAUAAAAAAUCUAAAUCUACAAAGACUGGAGUCAACAGAAAGAAAGUUCCCAGUGAUGUGUCUCCCUCGACAAGUCUCCCACCGCUUGUGGAGGGACAGUUGCGGUGCUUUCUCCGAGUGACCGUGAGCAGGGUCCUGUGGACGAUUACCAAGCCUCCACAGAACCCUCAGAUCAGGAUAAGAUGGUGGGGAGAGUCGUCCUCCGGAACCCUGUUCCGUCCAAGGGAUGGGUCUCUUGUGGCACAGAAGGGUAUUCAGUCCACUGCCCGCUUUCCUGUUCGCUGUGGACCAAAGCAGUUCGCAUCCUAUUUGACAGAUAUGGGCACCCUUGUUCUGGAUGUUGUGACCAAACCUGACCACUUGCCUGUGGCCCGAGCUCAGAUCACUGGACUGUCACGUCUCUCCCUGUCCAACUCCAUUGGUGGAUUCUUCACAGUGGUUUCGCCUACAUCGGAAAAAAUGGGAGAACUACAGGUGGCGCUUGCGUUGGAGCCUCUAGCGGAGUCCUAUGACAGCAGCAGCUCAUUCCCCACCCCUGACAUGAGCCUGGAUGCUGCACCGAAGACCCUGCCUGAUCAGAAUGUCCUGCUGGUGCCAUCCAGGCCUCGCUCUCUCUCCGGCAAGGAGUCACUGACCAGCGGCACUAAUACACCACGGGGAGUAGAUCACCUAUACUUUCCGGAAAAUUCGAGAGGUCUGUUGGGUCAUGGUCAGUUCGGACCAGAGGAAGGGAGACCUACAGGAGCUCCAGAUAGGCCCCUCGCCUCUGCUCAGAACCAACAACCAAACGACCUCCUCACAGCUUUGCUUGAGCGUGGCAGCAAACUGCGGGAAGCCAUGGUGAUGUCAUCACUGAGGACUGAGCUGGACUGUGAGCCAGUGCUGAAGGACACAGCAUUAACCCUGCCAAAAGACAACAUCAGAUCUACCUCUUUACCGCCGCUUCUGCCUUCUUCUGGGAAGUUAUUUCAUGAACUCCUGAGCUCUGGCAUCAGCCUGCCACAACGCCCACACAGUCCCACUGCCCCAGACAUCCCAGAAUGCACCGCAGACAAUGAGAACAGAGCUGUGGAGCUGCUGCUGGGCAGUAUAAAUGGCUCGCUGCUGGAUGCUUGGGAUGGAGAGGGCUCCCCUCCUCCAUCACUGUCUGCUUACAGUAGCCUGUGUCUGGACAGCGAGCUCAACGACCCGCAGUAUGACGAGAGCCUCCUGGAGAACCUGUUUUACAAAGCUCCGAUUUCUGACUCAAGUGACCAUGAUGGUGAACUGGAGGAUGGUGGGAAGUCCCUCCGAGGCAAGAGAGAACGCACCAAACAGGGCAGAGUCCCAGAGGACCAACGGGUUCCAGAGGGCAGGAACGUGCUGGCCGGGCUCAGCCUGGAUCAGAUCACCAUGCUGGGAGGGAUGCGACUAGCACGGGUAACCGUCCACUCCCUGGCGGUUCCGGCAGAUAGCUCCGUCACAACACCACAGAAGAUGACGGGCAAAGGGAGGCCACCCAGACCAGUCUCCAGCAAGAGAUGCUCCUACUCUGUGGAGUACGUGUUCCCCGAGUCUCCAUCUAGUCAGACUCCACCAGCAGAGGUCACUCGAGUCGUCUCCAGCAAAGUCACUGGAGGAGUUGUGAAGUUUCUGCAGCGCACUGUGUUUCCUGUUCACUUCAGUGGAGCUGCCUUAGAGCAGUGGUGGCAGACAGACCUCACCCUCAAAAUAUACUCCAGGAAGAGCUCUCAGAUGAAGCCUGUUCUCCUAGGUACAGCAGCCUUUCCAUUGCGGCCUGUAUUAGAGAGUGAAGACCUUGGCCAUAUUAUUUCAUUGCCUGUUCAAAGUGUCGAGGGAUCUGCUGCCAAACAGGGAGUUGGCCCUCUAAAGGUGUCCAUUCAGCUGGCUGUGGACAGUCAGGAUUUCACCACCAAGAAGAAGCCCUCAGCAGGCUCCAAACCCACUCUCAGCCCACACAAACCCCUCAGUCCUCAUCGCCCGGACCCAGACCCAGACCCAUUCUCCAGACCUCAGUCCACUGCCCUGGGCGCUGAGCGCGACCCUCCAGCACCGUCGCAGCAGCAGCAGGGCGGCAGGACAUCUCGCAGGGACGCUAGCCCCGCGCCAAUCGUCACCUUCGCCCAGGGCAUCCAGCCAGCCCACCCCAGGAGCAGCCCACCUCGGCCGGGCAUGAGGGCUUCCUCACGGGGGCCUGCGGAGGUGGAGGAGGAGGAGAACGAGGUGCUGCUGCACGCCUUACUCAUGGUGCCUGAUGGGAAGGACUUGAGCUGUGGUCCUUCCUUUCAGCCGCCCAAUGUUUACCUCAACUGUAAGCUGUUCGGGUCGGACGAGACCGCCAGAUCGGUAGUCAGCUGGGGUCAAACCAACCCCGCCUUCAGCUUCAUACAGGUAGCGCCUGUGGCGUUAACCCAUCGUCUGCUGGAGCGGAUGAAGAACAACAUGAUGGUGAUUGAGGUGUGGCUGAAGGCGGGCGGUCAGAGUGAGGACCGGCUGCUGGGCCUGGUCAAACUCCCCCUGCACCAGUUCUACAUGUCCUUCAGGGACAGCAAAAUCACUCACCUUCUCCUUCAGGCCCAGUAUCCUGUGGUGGCAGUGGACAGCCACAUGCCCAUCGUAGAUGUUUUUUCAGGCAGUGUACGGGGCAGCCUCAGGGUCCUUCUGGCCAUGGGCAUGGCACAGCAGAUUGUGUCACUGCAGCGGAUGAGGGAGGAAGAAAUGUACCCAGUCACCCAAGUUCCAAGACCCAGCCAUUUACUGGACCAGAUACCUCAAAGAGACACAAAGGUCAGUGUGGGUGUGGCGGAGGCUCUCGUGGAGCACGUGUUUGUGGUGCGGGUAGAAAAGGUGCGGGGUCUUGCCCCUCUGCAGUCCACUGUAUGGGGGGAGGCAGACUGCUACAUCCAGUACUCCUUCCCCACCCAAGAGAAUGAGGCCAAGCAACAAGCUGACCCAGACAUUGUGGAGAGCAGUGUGACUCUGAGGCCGUUCCGCACGGCCACCACCCUGUGUGUGCCAGACCCCGUGUUCGGCCACAGCGAGACCCACGUGCUGCUGGCGCCGCCUGGGGUGCCCGUCCAGAAGCUCCUCCUCAGCUCCCUCUCCAGCCAGGGCCUCCGCAGCGGUGGGGGCAUCCAGUUCGAUGUGUGGUGCAGGUAUUACUACCCCAACGUGCGGGACCAGCAUGUAGCCAGAGGGCUGUUGCUGCUUCCAAAGCUGUGUGGGUUGGUCACCAUGCAGAGGCAGCAGCAGACAGAGGCCCAGCUGAUCUCCAUGCCACUCAUACCCAGGACAGAGGGCAACACCACUCACCAGCCAGCACCCUCAGGCUUCCUGGACGUGAGCCUCCAGUAUAAGCACCGUCCGCUGAGGAGCGCAGGGUCCAGAGGUGGUGCGGGAGCCGGGCGAUUCGUCACCCUGCUGGUGCAGAUACACAGAGCAGCAGGCCUGAAAGCUGCCGCACGAUCCUCUGUGUUUUUCCUCCAUCCAGGGAUCCAAGGCUGGUUUGGUCUCUCUCUGCCCCAAGACAUGAGCCCCUCUCAGGCUUCCCACUGCUCCGUAGGGGGCCUGGAGCUCUCCCUCAGUUUUGCACACCACUCUGACCGCGACCGCAUGGUCAAGGCCGCCCGUGGCAUCGGCUGGGAGCCGGACCAUGGGGAUGAAGAUGAUGAUGAUGGUGAAGAUGCAGCUGAUGAGGACGAGGGUGCCAGAGCGAGGAGCGUGUCCGUGACGGUGGCCGUGCCUCGAGUCUGGCUGCCGCUGCACAGCCUCGUGCUGCCCGGCGACUCUGACCUGCUGCGCUCCACCUACUGCUACUUCAGGUACAAGCUAUACGACCGCGAUGCCUGCUGCUCGGACCUCCGCCAUCCAACCCUGGACAAGCCAGCAGGAGUCAGGGAGGAAGACUAUGACGACGUCAACGAAAACGAUGAGGGGCAGGAGGAAGGGGUAGCCAUGACUACGGUGGCCUUCGAGCGUAGCUCUGUGGUGGGUCUGCGUUGGAGGCAGGCGCUGCGCUGGUACCUGCGGGAGGAGAGGCUGGAGGUGCAGGUGUGGGCGGCGUACGGGAAGGGCCGAGGUGCGCGGCCUUGCAACACCGACACCCUGCUGGGCUCGGCCUACGUAGACCUCUCAGCGCUGGCCAAGCCAUCCACUCAGAAGCAGACCAUCAGCGGAGUCUACCCCCUCUUCAGACGCUCUGCAGCUGACCUCAGCGGCGCCGCCGUCAGGGUCCACAUCACCAUGACGCCCGGCCCUGCACUGCCCGGCUACGAGAGUGACCCCCAAGCGGAUGAGGAGGAGGUGCAGCAGCAGGAGGAGGAGGAGGAAGAGUGGGAGGCUCUGGCGACGAUGACAGGCACCACCACACGGCAGUCGCACACACAUAGCCACGCUCGUGUGAAGACAGCCUUGAGCAGGGAACCUCCAGGGUCUCCCAGCCCAGAGUCCAGGGAGGAGGACACCUUCGGGGUCACUAUCACUGUGGACAGGGCCAUGCACCUCAGCCUUAAGGGGUGCCCGCUGUCUGAGCAGCGUGGCGGGGUGCCAGGCUACUAUGUGUCCUACGCCACGACCGGCCCCGCUGGCACAGUCUCCACUGACGUCGUGCAGAACAGCAGCUGCCCAGUGUGGGACCAUCAUCUGGAGUGUCGGCUAUCAAAACAGCUGCUGUUGGAUCCACAGCAAUCUCUGGUCUUCAAAGUCUGGCAUAAAGGAGACGUGGAGCGUGUGAUUGGCUUUGCCACGGUAGACCUGUCUCCGCUGCUGUCUGGGUUCCAGUCGGUGUGCGGCUGGUACAACAUCACAGACUUCAGCGGGCAGUGCCAGGGCCAGCUCAAGGUGGCCGUCGCCCCGCUGAGGGGAGUGCACGAGCUCCGACGGCACAGACAGGCGUCUGCGGAGGACACCGCCAAAGACUCCAGCGCGGUGUUGAGCGGUCUCCCGCUGUGUUACCAGACGACAGGCCUCUACAGCGCCUUCCCCAGCCACAUCAGCCGAUACCCAGAGCAGCACAUCAACGCCUCCCCCGAGCGCCUAGAGCGCCUCCUGUCUGAGAGCAGAUCGAGCGAUCGGCACGAGGAGCACGUGGACAACGUGCGUCAGUUCCACCAGAGCCUGCAGGAAGGAGAGCAGCGGGGCACCGCCCCACAGCCGGGCAUCGCUGCCGGAGACUCCGACCCCAGCCGCUCCGUCCUCUUCUCCGCACUCAGGAAGAACCUGAGUGAGCUGGACGACAUCCAGCGUUACUUCAGCCGUAAGCUCACCACUCCCACCUUCCCCUCCGUGAGUCGACGGGAGGAGGAGGAGGAGGAGGGCAGCAGCGUCCCUCGGCAGCCCCAGGAGGAGCGCAGGCACUCGGACGCAGGCGCCCAACAGCUCCUGCUCAAAACCAGCCGCCUGGUGGGGGAGGUCAACAGCAUCUUCAGCGGUAUGAGUGAAUCACACAUGCAUUUGUCAAACCUUUCUGGCCUGCCGCCACGCCCCCAAAGAGAACUAUGUCCAUCAGUAGACCAACAGUCAUCAACAGCUGGGUCCAGGGUGGUGCCUCCACCUUCUGAAUCCCCAGACUCUCCCCCAUUCUCCCCUAGAGACUGUAGAACACCUGAGGGUGAUGACCCCACAAUGACCUCGUACAAUCCUACAAUGACCUUGUACAACCCCACAAUGACCUUGUAUGACCCCACUGUGGCGAGAGAACUUCCUGUAGAAGCCUCGGAGCCUCAGAAUGGCGACAGGAAACCGGCUUCUCUGGACGACGAAGAGAAGGAGCUCAAAAGGUGCUUCUCUGAAGAAGAAGAGUUGGAGGAGCAGGAUGAGCGUGAGGAAGAAAAGGGAGAGGAAGAAGAAGAGGAGGAGGAGGAGGACGAUUAUGAUGACGAGGAGUUUGAGGAGACCCUGUUAGAGCCCCGCACCCUAAAUGAGGUCACUUCCUUGACAGACAGAACUAGCCCCUGGACAAGCAUGGUGUCUGACCCAGACCUGUGUUCUGUAGAGGAACUGAAGGAGCGGCCAUCAAGGGACCUCCCCUUGAUGAGGUCCAGCCUGGAGGAGGAGGACGAGGAGGAGGAGGACGAUGGCGACGAUGAGGACAGGAGGGACAUAAGGGAGUCCACACAGAUGGAGAGCGCCCUGGCUUACACAUCCAUCAAACCACACCGGCUCCAGGACUCGGACUCUGAAGGCUCAGAUGCAGGGAGUUCUGGUGCAAACGACACUUUGAUCGAGACUAGAGUAACACCACAGAGACUAGAGGAGGAGCAGGACCGCAUGUCUUCACCACAGCAGCAGGGAGAUUUCUCAUCAGGCACUGAAGAGAACACCACUCCCAGGGGUCCUGGCUGCCGAGACACAGAGGGGGAGACCUCCAUGAUGUCAGCCAGCGGUGAAUGCAGCACAAGCCCAAAACGAGAUCUUGCUGGUGACCUAGACGACCAACAGAAAGAAAAACUCUGUGACGUGAUGGACUUUCCAAACUUCUUCCUUCCCACUCAGCAUCUAGAGGCUUCCAUGAGAGCCCUCCGCCUGGCCCCCAUCUUCCCCCUGGCAACCUCUGACCCAGAGACAUCUCAGGCUACCGGAAUUCCACAUCGGACUCGUCCGAAACCAAAGUUCACACCCUCUGCAGCCAACAGAGAGGAGACCAAGAGGAUAGCAAAAAUAUUUGCCUCUCAUUUUAAGGAUGAACACUAGCACUUUUUACUUUGUUUUAUUUGUGUGUGUCUGUGUUUGUCUUUGUGUUUUCUAUGUGUCCACAUGUGUUUGUGUGUUAAGAGUUUUAAAGCAUUUCAUGAUCUAACUUGGCUGUGUGUAUGUGUGUGUGUUGUGCAUAAUUUAUUUCUGUUUGUGACUUUUUAUACAAUCUGAAGAAUGAAUGAUGUUGGAUGUGAAGUCCGUAAUGUGUAGGCCUACAGUGAUUUUUGUAAUGUCAAGUAAAAAUCAAGUGUAUGUACUUUUUUAUAAAAAAUAAAGGUUUUUAAAGAUG